UCAACUCGAACGCACGCCACUUUAGUAGCGGAAAAAUCCUAAUAAAAGCCACAUUUCACGGCGGAAAUAUCAAAUAAUGAACAGUUCACCGAUAGACGUCGACGAAUUAAUAAACGCUGUAAGAGCCCGACCGCCUUUGUACAGUAGAAAUGAACGUUACGAGCCUGGACAUAGGCACACGAAAAAGCGACUUUGGUUGGAGGUGUGUAAGGAGGUAAAUCCGGGAUUCAAUGAGCUGUCUGCUACGGAAAAACGUGAUUAUGAUCGCGAAGUUUAUAAGCGCUGGCGGAGCCUUAGGACUUGCUUCACGAGAGAACUAGCUCUGCAGAGGAGGGAGAAGUUGGAGAAGUCUUCGAAAAGACGGAAGAGAUACGAGCAUUAUGAUGCUCUUAAGUUCAUGCUUGCAGAAUAUGGCGACGAUACCGGAAAAUUGCAGGAUGACACGAUGGAGAUACUACAGUAUGAUAGUGACGAUGAAUCAGCAGAGAACGGGGACGCAGAAGAUAUAUCCUCCAGGAGCGACGCCGGGACUCUCAGACACAUAAAAUCCGAGGUCGAGAAUUAUCCGGAAACGGAAAUAUUCUUUGACACAAAUAAUCCUAUUCAAGACUCUGCAGAAGAAAACGCGCACGAUAUGUUAGGGCACGUCUCAGUAAGACAUGAAAGCGACAGUGACAAACUGUUCAUGCUAUCUCUAAUACCGAGCUUCAGAAGAAUAAACCCUAGAAAGAAGUUAGCUGCAAAGAUAGAACUGAUGAAAGUUAUGCAAAGUUUUCAAGAAGAUUAAGAACUCAUUCUUUGUAUGUGACCUUAUAUACCAUGUGAUUUUCAUAAGGUACCUAUACCCCAGUCAGUGGCGUGCACUCCAUACAUGCACAAAAGCACUGCCUACUCGAAAAUGUAUAUAUAACUCG